UCUACCCAAGCUACCUUCUUAUUAUGUGUCGCACCUUCCUUUACUUCAGUAGGUUAUCCUAGGUUAAGUGUGUCGAGGUUUACAGAUAUGGCUAAGUCAUUGUACGAUAUUAGCGCGAAGACGUUAGAGGGAGCGGAGUUAAAACUUUCGCAUUUGCAAGGCAAGGUGAUUCUUAUCGAGAAUGUCGCGUCUCUCUGAGGCACGACCACCAGGGAUUACACCCAGAUGAACGAGCUCCAUGAGCGGUUCUCUGAGAAGGGGCUGGUGAUUUUGGGAGCACCCUGUAAUCAGUUUGGAUAUCAGGAAAACUGUAAGAACGAAGAGAUACUGAUGUCCUUAAAAUACGUCCGUCCAGGAAAUGGCUUUGAACCAAAAUUUCAACUCUUGGAGAAAGUUGAUGUCAACGGGAACGACGCGCACCCAUUAUUCGUUUUUCUCAAGGAGAAACUUCCUUUACCGAGUGAUGAGUCAAUGGCAUUCAUGACCGAUCCCAAAAAUAUAAUCUGGAGUCCAGUAUGUCGGUCCGAUAUCGCAUGGAAUUUCGAGAAGUUUCUCAUUGGACCAGACGGAAUUCCGUUCAAACGCUACAGCAGAAGAUACUUGACAAGUAACAUUGAAGGGGACAUAAAAAAGCUUCUAAACAUCGCUAACUAAACGCGUCUUAAACCUGCAACAGUACAAAAGCUAGCUGUGCCCCCCUGCGCGCAAUGCCGCUGUAUUGGGACCCUUACUUAUUGACGAUAUCCUUUUAAAAAUUAUAUGGAAGGGUAUCCGAUGCUUUGUAAAAGUCGCAAUUUCACAGUUGCAUGGAGCCCAUGUAUGGCACAUCAUGUCUUGUGUGGAUCAAUAAAUCACUUCAAAGUUUGA